AUGGCUCAAUUUCAAUUGAUAUUUCUGCUCAUUUUUAUGGCUAGCCAUAGCGAAUCGGCGCAGGCACGCCUAAAACUGAUGUGGAAAACUUUUAGCUGCGUCUCGAACCCGGAUUACAUUUCCUCAUUCAAGUGUUUCAUCUUGGAGACAGACAAAUCUUUGAUAACAACCGAGGUGAUGUACAUAAAGGAUAUUGCCAAAUACAAUGCCACCUUUAAACUGUUGAUGCCUCGCAGGCCUUCCAAGCCAUUUCAAAAAGUAAUCGAUGUUAAUGUGGAUAUAUGCGAGUUUGCAAGGGGAAACAGUGGUCACAGAUUCAUGACGUUUGUCCUUAAAGCUUUUGGAAAGCAAGUAUCUCAGCUAAAGUGUCCUCAUCCCAAGGGCCUCUACUCGUACCCGAAAAUUAACAUUGGUGAAAGUUUGCCAGCCUUUAUGCCAGAGAACGAUUUCAAAAUCGAAAUGAAUUUCCUAACACCUGAAACGCAUGUAUUUAAUACCAGUCUCACUGGAUUCUUGUACGAUCCGCUGAAAAAGAAGGCAAAGAUUGUUUAA